AUGUGCAAUUUUAUCCUCGGAAUUGUUGUUGGAAUUGGUGAAGUUGUUUUACUAUAUUUCAUUCUUAAAAUUAUAUUCAUUUAUUUACCAAACAUAAAUAUUCAGUCAGAAUCAACAACACUGAAUUUGAGUAUAUUACCAUCAUCUAAUAAAAAAAAUAGUCGUCUUCAGACAAAAGUAAAAUCAAAAGAAUUCUAUUUUUCUCUUAUUGGAUGGGUUUUAUCGCUGUUCGGUUGGCUUUAUUGGGGAUUGAUUACCUUGACAUAUUGGAAUUUUAUAUCAUAUUUAAUGUUGACCGGUAUAGUCCUAGUUACGCCAGGUCUAGUUCACACCGCUUAUUAUCAACAAAGUUGGAUGAGCAGAAGACUAAAAUUAGGUGGAUGGCUUAUUGGUGGUAUUACACUUGCUCUGUUUCCUAAUAUCACAUUGUUAUCAUCACAAUUACAACGACAUUUAAAUGCUAAUCAAAUGAUUAUCACACCUAAUGAUCCAUCAGUUAUAAUGUUAAAACAAAUGUUUUUUGAUGAAAAUCCAAAACAAGAAUUUGAUUUAUUACCAUUUAAUAAGAAAAUGAAUAGAGUUGAUAAAUUUAUAUAUAGAAAAAUAGCAUGGAAAAGUGAUUAUUCACAAUAUAAAGUUGUUGGUUUAUUAACAACACCAAAUGAAACAAUAACACGAAUGGCUGGUGAUUGUCAAGGACAAGCCGUUACAACAACAUCGUUAUUAAUAUCAAUGGGAUUUAAUGCAUGGGCCGUUGAAACCCCAUUUCAUUGGUGGACACAUGCAGAAGAUCAAAAUUCAACAUUAUCUUGGCAAAAUUUGAAUGUUCAUGGAAAUGCAGAUCUUCAAGGUGAUGUUCUACCACAACCAAUUGAUCUUGUUUAUACUCAUUCACCAUCUGCAUGUGAUCAAUGUCAAUCAAUUUAUUCUCAAAAUCAACAAUCAGUUUUUUAUGCAGCACCACCUCAUCUUGCUUUAGCCAUUGCAUAUACGAGCGCACAUAUUUUAGUUCGAUCAAAUAUGACAUUAUCAACAGUGAAUUAUAUUUCAUUAAUACUAAUUGGUUUCAUAUUUGGUUUAUCUGUCACUCUCUAUUCAAGUUAUUAUAAAUCAGACUGGAACUAUUUAAAUGUAUUUAAACGAUUAUUUCUAUCAAUAAUAAUUAGUACCGUUUUCAUAAGUUUUGGUAUGUGUGCAUGGGCGACUAUAUAUUAUCCAAUUGCAUUUUUACAUGUAUUAGCUAUUUCAACAUUUAUUCUAAAUUAUUUAUCAUUGUAA